AUGGGUCACGACUACAGACCCGACUAUGCAAAGCUCUCUUUGCUCCGUCGACUUUUUCCCAAAGUGCCUAUAAUGUGUCUGACGGCCACGUGCGGCCCAAAGGUGCUGAAAGAGAUUCUGGAAAUCAUCAACCUGCCCCCUACCACCGAGCCCGACAACGCAGCGCCGCUACGCACUAUAUACUUUACCGCUCCGCUCUUCCGACCCAACCUCAUCUACCAGGUGGUGCAGCGUCCACAACAGGCAAAAGCCGCUGCCGAGGCCAUGGUCGAUUACAUCCUUCAGCAUCAUGCAGGUCACAGCGGUAUUGUCUACUGCCUCUCUCAAGCAGAUACCGAGGCCACAGCGACCGCGCUCAAAGAGAUCAGCAAUGGUCGUAUCGCCACGGGUAGAUAUCAUGCAGGUCUCGACGAUGCAAGCAAGCAGCUCAUCCACACCGAUUGGCGUACGGGGCACAUCCAGGUGGUCUGUGCCACCAUCGCCUUCGGAAUGGGCAUCGACAAGCCCGACGUCCGCUUCGUCAUCCACGCAUGCAUCUCGAAAUCAAUCGACGGAUACUAUCAGGAGACGGGCCGAGCUGGCCGAGAUGGACAAGAGUCUGAUUGUGUCCUGUUCUAUCGACCUCAGGAUGCCAUUCGAAUGAGCUCACUCGUAGCCAGUGAGCCCACGGGUCAGGAGAAGCUGUCUGCCAUGCUCGAAUACGCCCAGUCGGCUCGGUGUCGACGUCAGCUUUUUGCAGACUACUUUUCCGACAUGUUUGAAAAAGGUGAUGCUCAACGCCAGCAGACGUGCGGUAUCUGCGACAAUUGCACAGGCGAGCGCUCUAAGCUGCUCAUCGACGCACGCAACGAGAUGUGGAAACUUCUCGCCGUGUUGGCCGAAAUGUGCCGGCAAGGCGGGAGGAUCACUCUGACCAGUCUAUCUGAUGUUGCUCGUGGUCUCGGAGGCGGCAAAUUCAACCUGGAUCCCAACCUCACCGACUCGAGCAAGGCCAAGGCAAAGUCGAGCAGCUCGAACGCAACCAAGGCUGGCGUCGUCGACGUACAGGCAGUAGCUGGUGGCAAGAUCACGCUGCAUCGCGAUGUGGUCGACCGCUUGAUCGUUCACGCCAUCCAGUCGCAGCUCAUCGAGCAGAACUACCAAGCAACUGCAUACACGGUCAACGUCUACCUCGAGUUGGGACCCAAAGCAUCUCGCUUUCUUCGCCAUCCGCUGUCGACCAUAUCAUCAUCCGCGCAGCUUGACAAGCUGCCAGCAGUGCAGAUACUGCCACCCUCAGCUACAGCGACGACAGCAGCUGGCCCCAAAGGAGAUAACAAACGAUCAGCAUCGAGCGCAGAAACAAGUCAGCGCAAGAAAAGUAGGCCUGGUACCACCACCCGCGUGGCAUCAUCAUCAAAGGCCAAUGCAAAGCACCCUUCUCAAGACAGUGGAGCCUCGGCAUUUGAUGCCAUUGUUGUCGAUUAG